AUGGCGGCAUUCAGGAUGGCCACCUGCCGCAUGUUCGACAAAAUGCUUCAGUUGUGUGCUUGUGAAGCUUCAGUUGCGAUCGAGGCUUGUGCCAAAGUGAUUGAUGGAAAAUACAUUGCAAAGCAAAUCAGAGACGAGAUUUCAGCUGAAGCAUCUAGAAUGAAGGAGGCGAUUGGGGUUGUACCGGGGUUAGCGGUGGUUCUUGUCGGCGACAGGAAGGAUUAUGCUCCAUAUGUACGCAACAAGAAAAAGGCUUGUGAGUCUGUGGGGAUUAACUCCUUUGAAGUGCAUUUGCUCACAGAUUCAAAAGAAGAAGAUGUGCUCGAGUUUAUCUCAGGAUUCAAUGAUGAUCCUUCGGUUCAUGGCAUUCUUGUUCAGUUACCACUGCCUUCACAUAUGAAUUUACAGAGAAUCCUAAAUGCAGUAACUAUCGAGAAAGAUGUGGACGGAUUUCACCCAUUGAACAUUGGUCAACUUGCUAUGAUGGGUAGAGAGCCCUUGUUUGUGCCCUGCACUCCAAAAGGCUGA